GGGAAAAUAGCUAAAUCGGCAACCCCGGCCAACGCUCGGCUUAAACCUGUUCUGUUCGUUUCAAAUUGAAAUUUCAAUUCGAAAAAAACGUUCGAGCGUGGCGCACGUUGCGGUUCCUCCGACUGAUCUUAAUCGUAGAGCAGCGCACUCACACUCGCACACGCCCCGCCCCCCAAAAUACAACACACACACACGUACGUACACUGCCAGCAGAGCCCCAUAAUCAAGUGUUGUUGUUGUUGUUGCUAAAAUGCUGAACGCCGCAGCGCUGCUUUUGGCGCUGCUCUGCGCCGCGAACGCAGCCGCCGCCGCCGAUUUGGCGGACAAAUUACGCGAUGACUCGGAACUCUCCCAGAGCUUUGUCGAAUCCUUGAGGAGGUAUGUUAGGUUCUACAGCCUGCUGGAGAGCAAUCAAAUUGCCAACUCGACGCUUUCGCUGCGCAGUUGCACGAUCUUUGUGCCCACCAAUGAAGCCUUCCAGCGCUACAAGAGCAAAACCGCCCAUGUGCUCUAUCACAUUACCACUGAGGCGUACACCCAGAAACGACUGCCGAAUACCGUGUCAUCGGACAUGGCCGGCAAUCCGCCGCUGUACAUCACAAAGAACUCGAAUGGCGACAUCUUUGUGAACAAUGCCCGGAUCAUACCCUCGCUCAGUGUGGAGACGAACAACGAUGGCAAGCGGCAGAUCAUGCACAUCAUCGACGAGGUGCUGGAGCCGCUCACCGUCAAGGCUGGCCAUUCGGACACCCCCAGCAACCCGAAUGCUCUCAAGUUCCUGCAGAAGGCCGAGGAGUUCAAUGUGGACAACAUUGGUGUGCGCACGUACCGCACCCAGAUGACGAUGGCCAAGAAGGAGUCGGUCUAUGAUGCCGCUGGCCAGCACACCUUCCUGGUUCCCGUUGAUGAGGGCUUCAAGCUAACGGCUCGCAGCAGCCUGGUGGACGCCAAGGUCAUCGAUGGCCAUGUGAUACCCAACACUGUCAUCUUCACUGCCGCUGCCCAGCACGACGAUCCCAAGACUUCCGCCGCCUUUGAGGACUUGCUUAAGGUCACCGUCAGUUUCUUCAAACAGAAGAACGGCAAAAUGUACGUAAAGUCCAACACCAUUGUGGGUGAUGCCAAGCACCGCGAGGGAGUGGUUCUGGCCGAGAUUGUCAAGGCCAAUAUCCCAGUGAGCAACGGAGUGGUCCAUCUGAUCCACCGACCGCUGAUGAUUAUCGAUACGACGGUCACCCAAUUUCUGCAGAAAAAUUUUGGGUGUAAUUCGUUCAAGUUCAUGAACGAAAAUGCUGAGAACGGAGCUCUGCGAAAGUUCUACGAAGUUAUCAUGGACAAUGGAGGAGCAGUUUUGGACGACAUUAACAGUUUGUCGGAAGUGACCAUUUUGGCCCCCAGCAAUGAAGCUUGGAACUCUUCCAAUAUCAAUAAUGUUCUGCGAGACCGCAACAAGAUGAGGCAAAUCUUGAACAUGCACAUCAUCAAGGACCGCUUGAAUGUGGAUAAGAUCAGGCAGAAGAAUGCCAAUUUGAUUGCUCAGGUACCCACUGUCAACAACAACACCUUCCUGUACUUUAAUGUCCGUGGUGAGGGAUCGGAUACCGUGAUCACAGUUGAGGGAGGCGGCGUUAAUGCCACCGUUAUCCAGGCUGAUGUAGCCCAGACCAAUGGCUUUGUCCACAUUAUCGACCACGUCCUGGGCGUGCCUUAUACAACAGUUCUUGGCAAACUUGAGUCCGAUCCCAUGAUGAGUGAUACCUAUAAGAUGGGAAAUUUCUCGCACUUCAACGACCAGCUGAACAACACACAACGCCGCUUUACCUAUUUUGUGCCCAGGGACAAGGGCUGGCAGAAGACUGAGCUGGACUACCCAUCGGCUCACAAGAAGCUCUUCAUGCAAGAUUUUGCCUAUCAUUCUAAGUCCAUCCUGGAGCGUCAUUUGGCCAUUUCGGAUAAGGAGUACACCAUGAAGGAUCUGGUCAAGUUCUCGCAGGAAUCGGGAAGCGUUGUUCUACCCACGUUCCGCGACUCCCUGAGCAUCCGAGUUGAGGAGGAGGCUGGACAUCUCCAUGAUGAGUAUGCUAGUCACGAAUGGACUGGCUAUGUGAUCAUCUGGAACUACAAAAAGAUCAACGUAUACCGGCCAGAUGUGGAGUGCACCAACGGAAUUAUCCACGUCAUCGACUAUCCGCUCCUGGAGGAAAAGGAUGUGGUCGUGGCCGGAGGUAGUUAUUUGCCAGAAUCAAGCAUUUGCAUCAUCUUGGCCAACCUCAUAAUGAUAACAGUAGCAAAGUUCUUGAACUAAACGCAUCCGAUAUGUAAAAAUCAAUCCAAUCCAAUCCAAAGCAAAUGCAAAUCAAACACAACAACAACAGUCGUCUACAGAACAAGAAUCAACAACACUCAGUAUCAGACUAAUGUGACAUCCACAUGGAUGUAUAUAAUCAGCACUAGUUUGUUGAUACCGAUCAAAAACCACAAGCAACCAAAACUGUAUCUGUAAUAUAUGCGUCACAAGGAACGAUCAUCAUUCCAACCUGCCACGCCCACGCCCAUGCCAUCCAUACAUACACACAACCCAAAAAAAAACACAGAAGACACGCAUGCAGAAAACUGCCUGCUGAAUUUGCUUUAUCAACAGCUUUUCCCCCAAAAAGAAAGCUGGCAAGAAAGAUUAGGACGUCGAAAAUGAAGCCCUUACUUUUAAGUAUUAAACUCGAUUCCCCCUCAACGGCCUUAUGUAUAAUAUGAAAUAUGAAAGUCUUUGUAAAACAUUUUAAUUUUAUGUUCGACCUAUACUGGUAGCUUACGUUCAUCAGCUCGCUAUGUUUUAAGUUUAGACCCACAUUGACAUUGGUAUCGUACCAUGGAACAUCCGAUUGUGUUUAUGAUUUUAAGUGUAUAUUUUUUGUGAAUUGCUUGUUUUAGUUAAUGGUCUAAUUUAUGAUUUACGAAAUGAGUUAUCUUAAGUAGAAUGCGAAUCUCAUUGUACAUGUCAAAGAAGAAGCAUAAGCAAUAAGCGCAUCACACAUACUCAUACUCGAACGCCCACACAUUCCCACAGUCCCUAUCCAUAAAUACAUACGAACAUGUAACGAAACGAAGUCAUUGUAAGAUUUGAAAGUGUGAAAUUUUAUAAUAAACUGAAAGUUUUUCAUUUGAACCUAACUUCUAAGCCCGCCAGCAUUCUUGUCUCGAACGCAAUCGAGUGACCCCUGUAAACUCAGAACUCAGAAAUAUAUCAAAGUCGGGCAAGAAAUGUGCAAGCAAGCAUUAUAUGAGAUACCAUCCCUGCACUUAGUUAUUAGCCCGCUAUGCAUGUGAAUCCCCCAGAUAGACACAUACGCCCACACACACCAGCCACUUGGAGCGAGAGUAGCCACUGCAACUAGGUUAGGCCAAUGUUAAACAAGUAUCAAAACUGCCGCCAACUACAGAAACUAUACAACAUGCAUACAAACAAUCCCUGUAAUCUAAAUCACUCACCACGGGACACUACUACAUGUCAUCAUUGAAUGAAUUUUGAUACCGAUUUUAACUUGCAUACAAACAAAAACCAAAGCCAGAUAAACAAGAAGAGAACUAAAUCGAACUAAAUUCUCCCUCGCCCGAGCAGUUGCAUUUUAAACUUUGUAUGUAGUUUAAAACUAGUUUUUAGUCCGACUUAGAACAACCCAAUCGCUAACUAUAUACCAACUCUCUUUCUAUUUCUCUCUGUCUCUCCCCCUAAUGCUAUGUACUUAUAGGUUAGAAAUUGUAACUAGCGUAACCAACCCAAAUGCGUAAAACACAGAAAUGUACUAUCCCCAAAAGAAUUACUAUCAGCCUACCAGUACACACUGUCUCAACUUUCACCACCACCCACUAGGAACUCAGUCGAAAUCGAAAACGAAUACGAAAACCCAGUUGUGGCUGUCGCUUCACGUAGUUGCUAAUUCCCGAUCCGAUCGGACCUUUCCGGCAGUCUUAUCUUUAGUAGGUGGUUUAGUUUCGUUUGGCGCAGUGUAGUGCCGUAGCAGCUAAGUGAAAAUGUAUGAAAUGAAUAAGAAAUUGAAAAUUUGAAUAUUGAAAAUGGAAAAAUUGAAAUUGAAAAUGUAGAAAUGAAUACGCUAAUGAAAUAUACACGUAAGCUUUAAAGAAUCGCUGGAAGAGCGCGGAUCGGAGAAUUUAGAGGAGGGAGAACCGCAUUGCAAUCGCAAUUUGUGUCGUAGUCAGUGUCAGUAGUUACACGUUAAGCGGCGUCUUAAGGUGUAACUAGUGCCUUACUAAAGAUAAACGCAUUACCUUAACCUUUAUACAAAUUUACUCGAAACAUACUUGUGCCCCAACCAUACGUUCCGCUUCGAAAGAUAUCCAGAUAUAUAUAUACAAUACGGAGGUACACCCCAACAAUACAAGUAAAACUACAAAUGAUAUUGCGCCACACGCUAUUUACACCAAAAUACACCAAACAAAUCGAGAAAUGCAUAUUUUUCAUAUAUUUAAUUGUCAGAAUAAUAUAACGUAUAUGUAGUUUAUUUACUGUAAAACUCAAGAAUCUCAAAAAUGGAAAUUAAAUCACAUAUAUUUGAUGUAUAUUUAGCCAUUGUGUUUCGAAGCAAGCGUUAGACACGGGAAUAUCUGAAUAAAUCUAUAUACAAUAUGCGAAUCAAGCAAACUAUGGAAAACCGCAGUGCAAAAGAAUAUUAUUCCAUUUUAUUUUACGACAAGCGCUUUUUACAAAUAAACCGAAUCCAUAUUUCAAUUACUCGUAAAUGGACAGCAAGAUUAUAUUUAGCAUUAGUUAAACUAAUUAAUACAUGUACUAGAAAACCGAAUGUCAACCGAGAAUCUUCAGCAAGCUUGAGCGAAUAAUAAAACUUUAAAACUAA